AUGAGAGAAUUGAAAGGUGCUGAAUGCGAAGACAUUUUCAUGCAUAACCUGACCCCACCCCCACCUAAUCCAACUGCUGGUACCAUCCCUUAUCAAGGACUAGCUCACGCGGAUGGUAAAGCGGUCAUUUCAUUCGAAGUCUAUAUUCCUAAUGUUGUGAAUGCUAUUGAGUCCUAUUGCUUCUGCCAAGACGAGAUUAUUUCUAAUGAUUGGAAUAUUCAUAUGUUCCGAGACGGGACUUAUCCUGGGCACCCUGUUAUCCCUGGGGGAGUCAAGCUCCCUACUGGAGGUCCUCGCUCAGGACGGACUUGGCAAGAACGCGUUCGGGAGCUCACAGACCAUUGUGCUCACACUCGAAAUCUGAUUCACGUCGUCGAGACUGUUUUAUCUACUCGCAUGCUUGCCGAAGCAACGUACUCGGGACGCUAUGACGACGUCAAUCCAUUUUUUUUGGAGAGCGAGGCUAGAUGUCUUAACUCCUAUGCCACUGUUGCCGAAGCACAUGGAGAGUCCGAGUUCGCCUCAGUAAUCAUUGAUGCCCUGCUCAUGCCAUUUCCCGAUGAAGACACUAUCAGCGUGCUUACAGAAUCCCGUCUUCUAGAUGUAGGGUCCGUGCACGAUAUCUUAUGCCUUGCUUUCGACCGAGACCUUGUACUCGGAAUUGCUCAAACCAGACUUGUUACUGUGGCCACUUCACCCUUUCGGUCCAAAAUGUUUGAAGACCCGUUCCUCUCUGAUAAAUGGUAUGUCCUUUCAGACAUCGUGGAAGAAGAGGAACAGGAGCCAAAGUCUAAAUCGAAAAAGUUCUUUCUCUAG